CUGUUCAUCUUUGACGGCCUGGAUGAAAGCAGACUUUCACUGGAUUUCAGCAACAGUGAGGUCGUGUCUGAUGUCACACAGAAGUCAUCAGUCGGCGUGCUGUUGACAAACCUCAUCAAGGGGAAGCUGCUUCCCUCGGCUCUCAUCUGGAUAACUACCCGACCUGCAGCAGCCAAUCAGAUCCCUCCUUCAUGUGUGGACAGGGUAACAGAAGUACGAGGCUUCACUGACCCCCAGAAGGAGGAGUACUUCAGGAGGAGAUUCAGUGAUGAAGAGCAGUCCAGCACAAUCAUCUCACACAUCAAGACAUCCAGGAGCCUCCACAUCAUGUGUCACAUCCCAGUCUUCUGCUGGAUCACUGCUACAGUUCUGGACCGCAUGUUGACUACAGACCAGAGAGGAGAGCUGCCCAAGACCCUGACUGACAUGUACUCACACUUCCUGCUGGUUCAGACAAAGAGGAAGAAGAACAAGUAUGAUGAGGGACAUGAGACGAGUCCACAGGAGCUGACGAAGGCUGACAGGAACCUUCUUCUGAAGCUGGGGAGGCUGGCGUUUGAACAACUGGAGAAAGGACACAUCAUGUUCUACCAAGAAGACCUGGAGCAGUGUGGUCUUGAUGUCACAGAGGCCUCGGUGUUAUCAGGAGUUUGUACAGAGAUCUUCAAAAGAGAGAGUGUGAUCUUCCAGAAAUCAGUCUACAGCUUUGUUCAUCUGAGCGUUCAGGAGUUUCUGGCUGCAGUCUACAUGUACCACUGUUACACCAGCAGGAAGACAAAGGUAGUGGAGGACUUCCUGGGAGGAGACUACAGUUACUACAGUUACUCAUCUCUGGAUGACUUCCUGAAGAGAGCCAUGGAGAAAUCUCUCAGUAGUAAAAAUGGCCACCUGGACCUGUUUGUCCGCUUCCUUCAUGGCCUCUCUCUGGAGUCCAACCAGAGUCUCUUAGGAGGUCUGCUGGGUCAGACAGACAACAGUCCUAAAACCAUCCAGAGAGUCAUCAACAACCUGAAGAAGAUGAACAGUGGUGAUAUCUCUCCUGACAGAAGCAUCAACAUCUUCCACUGUCUGAUGGAGAUGAACGACCGCUCAGUACAUCAGGAGAUCCAAGAGUUCCUGAAGUCAGAGAACAGAUCAAAGAAGAAACUCUCUGAGAUCCACUGCUCAGCUCUGGCCUACAUGCUGCAGAUGUCAGAGGAGGUUCUGGAUGAGUUGGACCUGGAGAAGUACAACACAUCAGAGCAGGGACGACUGAGACUGAUCCCAGCUGUGAGGAACUGCAGAAAGGCUCGACUUACUGCCGUUAGACUCUCAGACACUGACUGUGAAGUUGUGACCUCAGCUGUGAAGUCCAACCCUCAUCUGACAGAGCUGCACCUGGAUCUCAACAUCCUGUCUGAUUCAUUAGAGAAGCUUCUGUCUGCUGUACAGGAGAGUCCAAACUGUAAACUGAAGACUCUGGGACUUAUUGGCUGUGAACUCUCAGAGACUCACUGUGAAGUUUUGGCCUCAGCUCUGAAGUCCAACCCCUCCCAUCUGACUUUUCUACUGGUCUGA